GUUUUAAUUAAAAUUAACACGUUUCAAGAAUGAUGAGAAAAGAAUUACAAUUAUUGAUAGCUGUUGGAGGAAUUUACUUCUGCUAUUUCAAAGUUGGUCUUAUAUAGGAGGAUUUGUAAAUUAUAUAAUUAUUUGCAAGAUUCAAGAGUAAUUUUGGUACUAUGGAUUUUCCAUCUCCAAAAUUUGAGUUUUCAUCUGUGUUAAUAUUUUUGUAAAUGCUUAUAUACAAUUUAUUGUGUAUGACAAUGAUUUUUAGAAAUAAAAUCAAAUUUGUAUGCACAAUUAAGGAAGGAGCAUAUUUAGGAUUAUUAAACUUUUCAUCAAUGAUUGGUGCAUUGACUGCAUUAUAGUAUGUAAGUUUUCCACUUUAAGCUUUGGUGAAAAGUUGCAAGUAUUUAUUUAUGAUAAUUAUAAUUGAAUUCUGUCUGUGUUAGUAGUAGGAUUAGUGUUAGGAAAUCAAAAAUUCACAAAGUAGUAAAUACUUUGUGGUUUGAUAAUCACAGUGGGAAUAUAUGCAUUUAAUGUAAGUGAGGGAAGUAAAUCCAAUAAAACAUCAUCUAUCUUUGGAAUUGUUUUAUUAUUGACUUCUUUAUUCUCUGAUGGUUGUUUGGCCACAUUGUAGAGCAAAUUUAAAGUAAAGAAAUUAGAAUAAUGG